UUUUGCUGCGGGUAGCAGGGCUCCUGUCACACCGGCUGGCGGGUUGUGGCGGUGCCAGCCACUGUGUGCGAGUGUGCCUGCGUGCCCGCGCCUGGGCGGACCGACCCGGAGCAGCAGAGUGACUCUUCCCUGGGAGGCGGCUCCGCACAGGCGCCUCGCCCGCAGCCGCCGCGGAGGCUCCUCUGCAAACUUGCGGGCAGGCGCUGUCUGCCCUCGCGGCUCCCGCGCCCGGCCACCGGAGGGCAAAGGCGCCGGGUGCGCGUUCCGGGCGCGGUGCCCGCGGCCGCCUGGGGCGGCGGGGCCGGGCCGCGCCUUCGCCCUUGGCCCGCGCCCUGGCGAGCCUCAUGCAGCCCCCGCGCUCGCGGCCGCAGCCGCCCGGCUGCCCCGGGCAGGUGCAGCAGGACCCGAGGCGCGCUCCCCAGCGCCUGAGCGCCUGAGCACAGGCGGCGGGAUGCCCCGCGUGGCCUGAGAGCGCGCGCCGCGCCCGGGCGGGAGCGGGGAGCCGGCCAAGCCGGCCGCCCCCCGGGAGCGCAGGGCGCCCCACGCCGCAGCCGGAGCCCCGCGCGCCGGCUCCCGCCUCCCCUCUCGGCUCGCAGGCCCCGGCGCUGCCAGCCCGGGAGUGCCGGAGCGCCGCGGGGCCGCCAGCCAGCCGCACGCCUCGGCGUCAGGGGCAUGGAGGAGCGGCGGGCUCGGAGCCGCGCCCCGGAGUCCCCGAAACUUCCGAGCCGGCGCCAGUCCGCGCCGCUGCCGCCGCCGCUUCGCCUGCCGGCCUGAGAGCGGGACCAUGGAUGAAAGGUUCAACAAGUGGCUGCUGACGCCCGUGCUCACUCUUCUCUUCGUGGUCAUCAUGUACCAGUACGUGUCCCCCUCCUGCACCAGCUCCUGCGCCAACUUCGGGGAGCAGCCCCGCGCGGGGGAGGCCGGCCAGCCGGCCGCCCCGAGUCCUGCCCGCCGGGCACAGGCGCCGCCGGAGGAGUGGGAGCGGCGGCCCCAGUUGCCCCCGCCACCCCGGGGGCCGCCCGAGGGGCCUCGGGGGGCCGUGGCGCCAGAGGACGAGGACGAGGAGCUCGGGGAGCCGGAGGAGGAAGAAGAGGAGGAGGAAGAGGAGCCGGACCCUGAGGCCCCCGAGAACGGCUCCCUGCCCCGGUUCGUGCCGCGCUUUAACUUCACCCUAAAGGACCUGACCCGCUUCGUGGAUUUCAAUAUCAAAGGGCGCGACGUGAUCGUGUUCCUGCACAUCCAGAAGACCGGGGGCACCACGUUCGGCCGGCACCUGGUGAAGAACAUCCGGCUGGAGCAGCCGUGUAGCUGCAAAGCGGGCCAGAAGAAGUGCACCUGCCACCGGCCGGGCAAGAAGGAGACGUGGCUUUUCUCCCGCUUCUCCACCGGCUGGAGCUGCGGGCUGCACGCCGACUGGACGGAGCUCACCAACUGCGUGCCGGCCAUCAUGGAGAAGAAGGACUGUCCCCGCAACCACAGCCACACCAGGAAUUUCUAUUACAUCACUAUGUUACGGGAUCCAGUGUCACGCUACCUGAGCGAGUGGAAACAUGUCCAGAGAGGGGCCACGUGGAAAACCUCCCUCCACAUGUGUGAUGGGAGAAGCCCCACCCCCGACGAGCUGCCCACCUGCUACCCCGGGGACGACUGGUCUGGGGUCAGCUUGCGGGAGUUCAUGGACUGCUCCUACAACCUGGCCAACAACCGCCAGGUGCGCAUGCUGGCCGACCUCAGCCUGGUGGGCUGCUACAACUUGACUUUCAUGAAUGAGAGCGAGAGAAACACCAUUCUGUUGCAGAGCGCAAAGAACAACCUGAAGAACAUGGCCUUCUUUGGGCUCACGGAAUUCCAGAGGAAGACACAGUUUCUCUUUGAGAGGACAUUCAACCUCAAGUUUAUCUCCCCCUUCACGCAGUUCAACAUCACGCGGGCUUCCAAUGUGGACAUCAACGAGGGCGCCCGCCAGCGCAUCGAGGAGCUCAACUUCCUGGACAUGCAGCUUUACGAGUACGCAAAAGAUCUCUUCCAGCAGCGUUACCAUCACACCAAACAGCUAGAGCACCAGAAGGACCGGCAGAGGAGGCGGGAGGAGCGCAGGCUGCAGCGGGAGCAUAGGGGUCACCGGUGGCCCAAAGAGGACGGGAACACAGAGGGGGCAGUCACUGAGGACUACAACAGCCAGGUGGUGAGAUGGUGACCCCCUGCCCUCUCCUUCCUCGGGAGGGGGAGGAUGAGCAGGCACACUGAACUUCUGUGGCGUUGGUGACCUUGGAGGAUGGUGGGUAUCUGAGGACAUCUGGCUAUAUGUGGCUUGAUUUGGACACCUGCUUCCUCUUUGUCUUCAUCCUUAUCCAGCUGGAGAUGAUCUGUUGUCUUCUUUUUUUUCCCUCCUCCUGAUAUUUUUCAAUCUGUGAUAUCAAGUAGGGCAGGAAUGCAUCCAAUAGAGACCGUCCUUAGGAGGUCAAGGAGAGAAGCACCAGAAAGGAAACAGUUCUCGAAGAGCUCCUUUGCAGCAUCAUGGGAACCCUACAGAGACACACAUGAAAAGCCAAAUUAUAGGCUUGGAUGUUCUGCUGAAACUGGUCUGUUUCACACUGUCUCUGUAAUGGAAAUAUGGGCCUGUCCAGAGAGAGGAAGAAAGAAAGAAGUCCCUUUCAGCCCUUACAUGAGGUUUUAUGCCAACCCUCCCUUGGCUCUUGGCUCUCAUCUUGAACCCUGUUUGAAUGUGGCUUAAUCAUAAGUAGCAGUGUUUCGUGGUUGCGAUUGUUUUUAAACAAGAUUACCCUACUACUGAUCAUCACUAACGACUCACACCCCACAAAGUCCUUGCAUCUUAGCUGGGAGCCAUGCUUCCUCCCCCACCUUUUAGGGGAAAGCUAGUGGAAUCAGGACAGGUGUGCUUGGCCCCUGAGAAAUGAACAGUGGUAGGGGUAGUUAGGAGAAAAUGUGCUUAUUAAUUAAGACCUAAGGAGAUCACACUUUACUGAUUUUAUUUUCAUUCAAAAGAAUUAACUAAUAAAUUAAGGGGGGAAGCCGGAGGAUGACUGUAUGAUGUCUCACAAUUCCAUAUGGGCUACAAAACUUUUAGGUUUUUUUCAGGGAUAUUUCUGUUUUACCUCUUCGGAGCAGUCAUCCUCUUCGAUAUGGUACUGCCAAGUUUGAUGUUCUGUUAAAAGAGUCUUGCCGGAAGAUUAGGAGUUGACCUGGCCCGUAUGCAAAUGGUAUGCAAGUUCACUAAAUACAUGAUAAUUGAUUCAGGCCAGGAGAUGCAGAACUCAAUGGGCCGGUUGUCCCAGGAGCCUAGACAGACGUUACCUCCCAGGAUCCUUCAUAUCUCCAGCCUGAUCACUUUAUUUUCCCCACGUGAUCUUUGCCUGUGGUUCGGCUAUGGCUCUAUUUGGCAGCUCGGACUGGAGUGGAUAAAGCAGGAUGGGAAAUUGGGCCUUAUUACCCACUAUUUCUUCUUUUCCAUUUUUCCCAGUCCCCAGUACAAGAACACAAAGUCUGUCAAGUACUCAGGGGAGAAGUAUGGAAAAGGGAAAAGAAAGGCCUCGCCUGGCAUUCCGUAGUAGAAUCAGAGUGGGUAGAAAGUUUCAUAACAUUGAUCUGAUCAGUCCUUUCAAGGAGCUGAAGGCAAAAUGAAUGAAACCCCUAAAUCAGAUUGAAAAGCCUAUUUCAUUGAUAUCUAGCAUGUUUGAUGUUUAAGCCAGCUUUGCAUAAGUCACAUGGCAGCCUCUGGAGUACUCUCACUGGGGUGGAGAGUCGAUCAACCCACACGCAUUCAUGGAGGGCCUGCUUGCCGAGAGAGGAGCCCGGGGUCUCCAUCAGAGAGAGAUUUGGAGAAGUGGCUUUGAUUCUUCUCUCAUGACCCUUGGCUUCAUCUGUCAUGUGAGAGAAGGCAUUAUUGGGGACCUCCCUUGUGUCACUUACUGAGGGAGCCCUAUUCAUACCUUGAAUCCAUUCACAACAAGAUAGAUAUUAUUAGGCCUAAUUACAUAGAUAAGAAAAGUAAACCCCACAGAGACCAGGCAGCUUCCUGGCAAAUGGUAGGCUAAGUCUGGCCGACUGCAGAGCACAAGUUCUUUUGAUUCCAUCAUGUUUUCCAUAUGGGACAAAAGCUUCCUGCCAACAGUGCAAGAA